AUGGACCCGCCCAGGAAGAGGAUCAUCGUCAUCAUCGGUGGCGGCGUUAUCGGUUGCACCACAGCAUACUUCCUGACGCGCCAUCCCAAGUUCGACCCGGAGCUACACACCCUCAUUCUCCUCGAAGCCGCCUCCAUUGCCGCCGGCGCAUCGGGAAAGGCCGGCGGUCUGCUGGGCCUGUGGGCCUAUCCAGAAUGCCUCGUACCCCUGUCCUACCGUCUGCACCGCGAGCUUGCGGGCAAGCAUGGCGGCGCCGAGCGCUGGGGCUACCGCCGCCUCGGAUGCGCCAGCGUGCGCGCCAUGGUCAAGAGCAGCGACCUCAAGUCUAGAUCCGAACAGAAACCGCCCCAAACGUCGCUCGUACCCGUACCCGUACCCGUACCCGUACACGUACCCGUGCCCAAGGACGAAUCAAAGACGUGGGAGAAGCUCCCGAAGCAGGACGAAAAAGCCGCCGCCCUGCUGAGCGAAUCCUCCCUGCCCUCGGACCUUGACUGGGUAGAUGGGAAGCUGAUAAACCACUACGAGGAGAUGGGCCUGCCGGGCUUCACCGAGACGGCCCAGGUACACCCCUUCGACUUCACCAACUCUAUGGCCGACCUGGCCAGGGAGAAGGGCGUCGACAUCCGGCUGCGCGCAAAGGUGACCAAGAUCAACCACAGCAAGGCGGGCGUGCGGAGCAUCGAGUACGAGGACCGCGACAAGGCGGGCGAGAUCCGCUUCAUCGACGACGUGACCGACGUGGUCAUCGCCGCCGGCCCGUGGACCGGCAAGCUGCUGCCGCGCUCAAAGGUCGAGGGCCUAAAGUCGCACAGCGUCGUCUUCGACGCCGACGUGAGCCCCUACGCCGUCUUCACCGAGAUCCAGCUGCCCACCGACUACGUGCCCGAGCACCGCGCCGCCAGGGGUCAGAAGCGCAAGCAUCGUGGAAAUGUGGACCCCGAGAUCUACGCCCGCCCCGGGAACGAGGUCUACGCCUGUGGGGAACACGACUGGUCGACGCCGCUCCCCGAGACGGCCGACCUCGUCCAGCCCGAUGAGGUGCAGUGCGACGACCUGAUCGCCUACAUCGGCACCGUCAGCCCCGUUCUCGGCGCCGCGCCGAUCAAGGCCAAGCAGGCUUGCUACCUGCCGCGCCACGUCCGCUUCGGCGAGGACCGCGGCCCGCUCAUCGGCCAGACCACGGUCCCCGGCCUGUGGGUCGCCUCGGGCCACACGUGCUGGGGCAUCCAGAACGGCCCCGCCACCGGCUGCCUCAUGUCCGAGCUGCUCCUCGACGGCGCCACCCACAGCGCCGACAUCGACAAGCUACAUCCCAAGAAGUUCAAGGUGUAGCUAUCCUAGCUUUGGCGCCCACGGGCGAUGAAUGGCAAGGGGGCGGGAUCUGGCCGCAGCUCCCGGUAACGUCUCCUACUAAGUCUCUUUCUCCUUGUUCUCCCUUGCGAACUCAUCUCACACAC